CGGUCUGAUACUCAAACGACCUUCCAUGCAUUUCGUAUUCACCCGGCUUUUCCUGCCCUGCAGUUCCCUCUCGAGGCUGAAGGGUCAUGAGCCACCUGCAGAACCUGCUGCUGGACACACUGCUGGGCACGAAGCACGUGGACUGCGCCGCCCUCAUCAGGAUCCAGGAGCGCACCCUGUGCGUGGCGUCGCCAGGAUUUAGUGUAAUGCCAAGUGAUGUCCGGACUCUUGUGAAUGGAUUUGCCAAGAACCCUUUGCAAGCUCGAAGAGAAGGGCUGUAUUUCAAGGAAAAGGACUACAAAUGUGUGCGGGCAGAUGAACAUUCACUUUAUGCUAAGAAUGGAAACACUGGUGUGAUUGUGGUGAAGACCCACCUGUAUCUUCUGGUGGCCACAUACACGGAGAACAUGUAUCCCAGUGUCUGUGUGGAAGCCACAGAGAAGCUGGGAGAAUAUCUAAGAAAAAAAGGAAAUUAG